AUCUAGCAUAAUCGCUAAGGAUUUUUAUUGUUUCCUCAUCCAGGCUAACGCUACUCAUAUUCUGGCUGCGAGUUCGUCCCAAAUCUCCAAUCCCCCGACACUUCAUACCCUAUUCAUCAACAAUGUCCUUACGGUCAGGCCUUUCUGAGAACAGUACGUUUUGAAUUCCAAUGAGUUGGAGAUCACCAAAGAGCACGAAGGUCAGAAACAUGCUCCUCUUUCGGCCGUAUAACAUUAAAUUUGAGAAAGUCGCUCUAGGUAUAGGUCACGUAAGUAAAGCCGUACCAGAAAGAGAGCCGUCCAUUACAACCGAUAGGCCGGUUGUUGAGACAAGGCGAAUAAACUUGGUGGAUUCAGAUCUUCUCUACUUUUGGAUCGAUGAUACCUUUAAGUCAGGUGAAAUCAGACCGAAUACAGAGUUAUUGAAGUAUAUGUAUGAUUGAGCUUGAUCUCUGUAUCUUUAUCUAAAUGGUAUGUCUAAACAAGCCACAUAGCUCAAAUGAU